AUGUCUCCGAAGCCCAUUGUCCUCUACAGCCAUACUGGUGGCCCCAACCCAUGGAAGGUGGCCGGACUCCUCGAGGAGCUCAACAUCCCUUACGAGACGAAGUUUAUCCUCAGCGAAAACGUGAAAAAAGAGCCGUUCAUCUCGGUGAACCCCAACGGCCGUGUGCCCGCCAUCGAGGACCCAAACACAAACAUCACCCUGUGGGAGUCCGGGGCCAUCCUGGAGUACCUUGUCGAGACCUAUGACAAAGAGCGCAAGGUCAGCUUCGAGCCCGGCACUCCAGAAUACUUCCACGCAAAGCAGUGGUUGCAAUUCCAAACGUCCGGCCAGGGACCGUACUUCGGCCAGUUCGUGUGGUUCACGUUUCACCAUCCGGAGAAGAUCCCUAGUGCGCAGGAGCGCUAUCUGAAUGAGAUCCGGAGGGUGUCCGGAGUGCUCGACAAGUGGCUGGAGGGUCGCGAGUGGCUGGUGGGCGGAAAGUUCAGCUACGCGGAUGUAGCUUUCCUGCCUUGGUAUGGGAUUCUGGGCAAGUACACUGGCGACGCUAUCGAUGCUGAGAAGGAAUUCCCCAACCUUGACGCCUGGUUGAAGAGGCUGAACGGUAGACCUGCUAUUGCCAAAAUGCAGAAGGAUAGGGCAGAGGCGGGUGCGAGCCAGUCGAAGUAG